UGCACGUGCAACCGCUCCUGCCCCUGGUGGCCCGGGUUCGUGAGAACCCCCAGCUCAAUCCAGGGCAGACCGGGCGCUGGCGAUGGAAGUCAGUGCGGUGGAGACGCGUGUGUUCGUGGAGGUGCGGAGACGGCUGCAGAGCGCGCUGCUGAUCGUGGGGGAGCCAAAAGAAGGAGGUAUGCCCAUGGAUGUUUCCAUAAUGCCAUCCUUGCUCCAGAUGAAAACCCCCACAGGCUGCACAGAGGUUCGGCUCCCAGCAGAGGUCAGGCUUGUACCUUCUUCUUGCCGUGGACUGCAGUAUGUCGCUGGAGAUGGACUGCACCUUCGGCUGCAGGCACACACAGAAUUCAGCACAAAACUGAUUUCAAUAUUUAAUCAAAGCUUACAAGCCCAAGAAUGUUGUACAUUUUAUUGCCAGUCCUGCGGUGAAGUCAUAAUAAGGGACAGGAAGCUUCUCAGGAUUCUCCCACUGCCGAGUGAGAACUGGGGAGCUCUCAUUGGAGAGUGGUGUUGUCAUCCUGACCCCUUUGCUAAUAAGCCACUUCACCCAAGAGAGAAUGACUGUUUUAUUGGAGAUUCUUUCUUCUUGGUGAAUAUAAGAAAUGAUUUGUGGCAGGAACCAAAAGCAAAUACCAAAGUAAUUUGUAAGCGUUGCAAGGUAAUGUUGGGAGAGAUCAUGUCAUCAGAAACCACUAAGUUUUAUAUGACAGAGAUAAUUAUUCAACCAUCUGAGAGUUUUCCUAUCAUACCAAGGUCUCAGUUUGUCCAGAGUGUUAUUGCCCAGUGUCUGGUGGAACUCUCCUCUGCUAGAAGCACUUUUAGAUUCACUAUUCAAGAUCAGGAUGGCAAAGUGUACAUCUUGCUCUGGCUUUUAAACUCAGACAGUGUGGUGAUUGAAUCUUUGAGUUCCGACCAUAUCAAAAAGUUCCCCCUUUUGGAAGAUACAUUAAAAGCAGACUUCAGUUCUGCCUGGAAUGCUAUCAAGGUCCUCUACCAGCCAUGCCUCAGAAGUGGAGAUGAAAAGCUUGCCAGCUCCUGGGAAAGUGACAUCAGUGUCCACUCAUUGACCUUGCCUGCUGCAACCUGUUUGGAGCUGCUGUUGAUACUAUCAAGGAGUAAUGCCAUCCUGCCACCAUCCCUUCGCCAAAUGAAUUCAUUUCAGGUGGCCUUUUUGAAGAUGUAACUGUUGGAACUGAGGCAUCCACCCACCCCCACCAACAGACAGACAGCUCCAGGGCAGAGCACACUGAAGGCCAGCAGUCAGCUCUGUGGGCAUGGAUUACAAAGACAGGAACCAGGGCUGCAGAAUGGCAGUACUGCACUAAAGUUUUGAGUUUACUUGUUUACAUAUAUUAUCUAAAAGAAGGGCUGACUUUAGAUCUCUGAAAACCCAGCACUGUGAAGAAAGUUGUAGUGGCAGGUUGUCAGCAGGGUAAGUAUAGAAGUUACAUUGCUACUUUCCACAGAGAGGAGCAUUCAAAUCUGUGCUGUGUCAGCACCACCUGGAAGGAUAUUAGCUAACAGAGACCCAUCUGUCCUAUGUGGAAUGUGCAAGGAACACCAUUGGUGGAACUCAGUGUAAAUUCUAGGAAAUAAACUUUAAAGAGCUUCUCAGGUUUGUUUAAAACAGAUUUUAAAUAACAAAAAUACAGUGCUUUUUGUACCUUACUCAGAAAAGAUGCUCAGUAAAUGUUUGUUGAAUGAGUAA